AUGGGAGUGCUGAAGUUCAAGCAUAUCUUCUUUAGGAGCUUUGUUGGGUCCAGUGGAGCAUCCCAGGUUGUGUUCACCUUCCUUCUGAUACCCUGUUGCUUGACUAAGGAUUUCAGAGCACCCCCUUAUCUCCCAGAUAUUCCUUUCCUCUGGGCUUGGAAUGCCCCAACUGAACCUUGUUCUAAGAGGUUUAAUGUGUCCAUAGAUCUGAGCCUCUUCUCUUUAAUAGGCAACCCCCAAAAAGAUGCCAUAGGACAACCCAUUACAUUAUUUUACGUUGAUAGACUUGGCUUAUAUCCUCAUAUAGAUAAGCAUGGCAAGAGUGAGCAUGGAGGAAUACCCCAAUCGGGUUCCUUACAAGCGCAUUUGACUAAAGCUAGGACAGACAUUGACCAUUACAUGCCAAAAGAUGAUUUGGGCUUGGCUAUUAUUGACUGGGAAGAAUGGAGGCCUGUCUGGGCAAGAAACUGGAAACCUAAAGAUAUUUACAGAAAUCGAUCUAUUGAGUUGGUUCAGCAACAAAAUCCACGACUUAGUCUCACAGAUGCCACCAAUCUAGCCAAACAACAAUACGAAACAGCAGGAAAAAAAUUCAUGCAAGAGACUUUACAAUUGGGAAAAUCACUUCGGCCAAAACACUUAUGGGGUUACUACCUUUUUCCUGACUGUUACAAUCAUCAUUAUGCUAAACCUCAAUAUAAUGGGAGUUGCUUUGAAUUGGAAAAGAAAAGAAAUGAUGAGCUCAACUGGCUGUGGAAUGAAAGCACUGCCCUCUUCCCAUCCAUCUAUUUGAACACCUUCCUAAAGUCUUCUCCACGAGCUGCACUCUUUGUCCGUAAUCGUGUUCAGGAAGCCAUUCGGGUUUCUAAAGUACCAAAUGCUCAAAGUCCACUUCCGAUUUUUAUAUAUACUCGUCCAGUUUUUACUGAUGUAUCUUCUCAAUACCUUACUCAGGAAGACCUUGUGAGUACAGUUGGUGAAACUAUUUCUCUAGGUGCCUCUGGAGUUAUAAUGUGGGGAAGCCUCAAUUUAAGCCAAAGUGUGGACACCUGCACGAGACUACAUGAUUACAUGGAGACCACACUGAACCCCUACUUAAUCAACAUCACCCUCGCGUCCAAAAUAUGUAGCCAAGUGUUUUGUCAGGACAAAGGAAUUUGCACAAGGAGAAACUGGGACUCAGAUAACUAUCUUCACCUGAACCCAUUGAAUGUUGUUAUUGAAACUGGAGCAGAUGGAACAUUUAAAAUAAAAGGGAAACCUUCAAAUGAAGACCUGCAAAACUUUGCCGAACAUUUUCAUUGCAGCUGUUAUGCCAAUACCGACUGUGAGAAGAAAGUUGUUAUAACAGAUACUCAUGUUCUCAAUGUGUGUGCUACUGAAGAUGUUUGUUUAAAUACUGUUCUGAACAAAAAAGAGGACCUGUUUCGUUCAAGGAUACUGCCGUUUAUAUUAUUUUUAGUAAUAGUAUUAAUAAUAAUAGUAAUCAUAGCAUUUUUUGUGAAAACAAAUAACAUGGCAUGA